UCAGUUUACGAAGUGUUGACGUCGCGGACCCAACAGACCCUGAGCCUUGCAUCCUAUAUCAAAGCCUCUCUUCAAUUUUUGUGUCUGUCUCAAUUCCGUUCCGAAGAUGAUCCCUAUGAAUCAUGACAUUUUACACGGCCGAACAAAUGAGAGGAGACCAAAUGGCGACAAUGACUCCAGCAGCAUCCCUUCUGCCACAGACUUUCUUCGACACCCCGUUGGAUACGGGAUGGAGUGGAGAUGUCAAUUUCGGCAAAGGGAUGUCGAGUCUAAACAACCCAUCGAUGCUGGUCAACAACUUGCAGCUUGAUCAGCAGCUGCCGCCAGAGACCGUAGAUUGGGUGCAAUACGAUGCUCCUUCGUGGAACAACUCCACCCCGUCCGACUUCCCCGUGGAUCAAAAUCCGGGGAUGAUAUCUCUCGAAGAGUCCGACGAAACUCCAUCAUCAGACAUCCUCGACCGGGGGAUAUCAAACCCGUUCCAGGCUUCCAUCGAGGUCGAGCCCCCAAGACGUAAACGAGGUCGACCUAGAAAAAUCCGAGACGAACCGGCGGUGCCGACCCUACCACGGGCCGCUCGAGGACGCCAGCCACACACCGAAGUCGAGAAGAAAUACCGCAACAGUUUGAACCAGGGUAUGGAACAACUGCGAAAGGCUCUGCCGCACAAUCCGAAGGAGCCUGAGAGGGAUUCGGACUGCCACUGCCAAGUGCGGUUGAGCAAGUUGGGUGUGUUGGUUGCAGCGGCCGAUUGGCUCGGCCGCAGAACCGAAGAGGUUGCAGAGUUGGAGCAACAGCUGGAGGAGCUAGGACUGAUGAAGGAGGAAAACACAUCGCUGAAGGAAGAGAACACAUCGUUGCGGGAGGAGAACGAAUCCAUGCGGUCAAAGCUGUCGACUUUGUCGUUGGAUUAGGCUCCAUGGGUCCAACACAUUUCAUCUUCGUGUUGAUAUGAAAAUUGUCCGUCAUUUUUGAUAUGGGAGGUUCUGUCGCUUUGAUAUUUGUUUCAACAAGGGAGGUUUGCUGUCGUCAUUAUUUCC